GAUAAAAUGUAAAAACGUACCUUGUUCUUAAAUAGAAAACGAGCAAAAUGUAUUAAAUAUUACCGGCAGGCGCAAUACAAUAGUAAUAUCUCUACGCGUAGUGACCGCCGUCCGAUUCGAUUCGUUAAAACACUCGAAAACUCAAAAUUCCUCCGGGCGAUUACACUGUUCUGUAGCACGUUUUUUUUUUUUUUUUUUGUUUUUGUAAUUCCAAUAAGCCGCCAAACUGGUUGUGGGUGCUUAAAACGAUUUUUUUUUAGGUUAGUACAUUUACACUAUCACCAUCGCCGAUAUUGUUCGGCGGAAAUUGGCGGGAUCAAUUGAUAUUAUUAAUUGAUCAUUAAUAAUGCCCAGUGCCCGUCAGGCGACUCGACGUUAUAUACUCGAUCGUUCGAUAAUAAAUUGUUGUCUUCUGUCCAACAGAUAUAUCUAAACGCCUGCUAUAUAGUACAGUGACGCUUUCCGAAAAAUGAACAAACCCCAAAUUUCUGGUAAUUACAACCGAGCGCUGUUAUUAUAAUUUCAAUUUUGAUUCAUACGAAAUUAAUUCUUUUUCGACCGUGUGGUGUCCCAGGUGUCAGUAUAGGAGAAAUAAUCAUAGAAGGAAAGACAAAAAUCGUGUACGAUAUUCCCGGCACGGAAAAUGUAUUGAUGGUGAGCAGAGACAAAAUAACCGCUUGGGAUGGCAUCAGAGAAAACGAAAUGGAAAACAAGGGCGUCAUAUCCACAGAGACCACGACGGCGAUAUUUAAGAUUUUACAAGACUUGGGUAGGUACCGACACAAUCUUUGUACGCUUAUUCAUCGCACCUACUAAAUGUAUUCAAAUGUUAUGGUAAACUCGUCGUUUUAACGUUUCGUUCUAGGCGUACAGACGGCGUUUGUUUCGAAAAGCGCUUCGUCCGACAAUACGUUUAUUAGCCAAAAAUGUAAUAUGAUACCAAUCGAAUGGGUUUCUCGGCGCAUUGCAACGGGAUCUUUUCUGAAACGCAAUCCGGGCGUAAAAGAAGGUUAUAGAUUCACCAAACCGUUGGUGGAGACUUUUUUCAAGGUACGUACACAAUAGCGGAAACGGCGGGUGUCGUGUUUCAAUAGAAUCUCGUGGUAUCUACCCGUGCACGUUAUUAGUCGAACAUCAUUGAGCCGCGUUACUUCUGGUCCUCCAGCUAUUUCCCGCCACUACUUUGUGACGUCUAUUUAUUCCGAACGGCCAUCCCCGUUGAAUCGUAGUGCUCAUUCGUAUUAAUAAUAAAUGGGCGUUGACAGUACUAUACUCAAUACCGAUCAGUGAUUACCGAGUGGUACCGGUCUCGCUACACCACCUAAUCGUCGACCAUACCGAUACCGAUAAUUUAUGUCGUGCGUUCGAAUUUCGAAUGGUUAACACCGACGGCCCCGGAAAAACAGCAGACAGGUUCUUUUAACGUGGGGAGUGUGUGUGUGUGUGUGUGGGGGNGGGGGGGGGGGGGGGUCCAUCCACAAAGCCCAACUUACCAAUAGCAUUCUUCGCCUUCCUUCAUCUCGACUAUUUUCGAAGUCUGUCACCCUCGCCCUAGAGUUCCACUUGACCCGAUCACCCACACCGUCCUCGCAUGCACCCGCCGGACUUGUACCGUUCGCGAUCGGCAUCCAACCCAUCUUUUUUUCCGUUUUUGUCUCGCUCUCUUUCCUCCCAAGUUUAUUUCCAUUACAUACGAUCCUCGCUGCUCGAUUCCUCUGACGGCAUGUCCAAACCGUCUCGGUCUGUUUGUUCCCAAUAAUAUUAUUCUCGCGAUCACGAGUAACAAGUUCUUUUCGAUGUGUAUCGAAGAUUCUCAUUUCCGUGCCAAUGACCGCCAUCCCAGUCAAACCGAUCGGAGUUGCCGCACAUCUGCCAUUCAGGCGAAUAAUAUUGUCGGCGUCCCCGCCUACCUGUCUAGGACCCCAUGCAUAGAUAUUUUUCGACGAUUAUCUGUUUUUUAAAUUUUGCUCGCGUAAUUAUGUAACGCAAUGCGUUGUGAAAACGUGAUUGUGACGGAAUGUUUUGUGAUUACACUCGUAUUUUCUUUCGUUAUAUAAAUAGGUAUGUGUGCAACACAACUCGAAUCCCCUAUUAUGAGAACGAAAAUGACUCGAUAUUAUUGGGGGUUUUUUUUUUCUUUACGUGCACAACGAAACUUGUCGAAAAUAGCAUACGAUUCCUUUUUUCGGUAUCAUUUUAUUUUCCUCGUUAAGCGUGCGAGUGUAAAAAUAAACGCCAUACUAGUGCAUCCAUCGAAAAACGUCCAUUACGUUAGACUAUGGUGACGUUUUUGGACUAUCAAGGCUUAUCCUUAUACAUGUACCAAUUCAAUGUUGCCAAGUUAACGGUUUUAGGACAAGAUCUCUAUAAAGAAGUGGUUAGCCAGUGACGGGUAGUGAACUGUAAAAGUAAUGUGGAGUAAUUAUACCUGUGACGCAGUCAAUACAUCUCCAUAAUAUUCUGAUUUUUUUAUAAUUUUUAAGAGCAUGUGAAAUAUCAGUUUAAUAAUACUUUUAUCUCGAUCUUGUUUGAAAAUUAAAAUAAUGAAAAACCAACACAAUGUUAUCCUUGCUGAAUCCAAAUUGUAAGAAAGCGCAUACGGGUAGCACAUUCUCUUAAAAUUGAGUUUAACAACAUGAAAGUAAAUGUCUUAAGAUGUUAGAUAUUAACAAUAAAAUUUUAAAAAAAAACUAAAUUUGUUGGUGGUUUGGGAUUUUUUUAAUAGGAUGACAAAAAUAAUGACCCCCAAUGGUCUGAACAACAAUUACUGUCUGCUGAAUUUAAAAUUGGAAAUAUUGUUAUUGGAAGUGCUGAAUAUGAGAUAAUGAGAAAAACAACUAUCUGUGUAUUUGAAGUGCUUGAAAAAUUGUGGGCUUCUAAAAAUGUUGCUUUAGUAGAUAUGAAAAUUGAAUUUGGUGUUAACUCUAAAGGUAAAUUAUAAUUAGGAGUUAAUUAAAUUAAUUUUCACUUUAUUUAUAAUAAUAUGUAUUAUUAGUUUAUGAUUCAAUACAUUCUAGGGAAAAUAUUGGUAGCAGAUGUUAUUGACAAUGAUUCAUGGAGAAUAUGGCCAAGUGGAGACAAAAGAUUAAUGGUAGACAAACAAGUAUACAGAAAUUUGAGUAUUGUUACAGCUGAUGCAAUGGUAACUAUUAAGAAAAAUUUCCAAUGGGUUGCUGAACAAGUUCAAAGUUUGGCUCAACCAUCAAGCGGCUUGGUAUACUUUUUUCAGUUCCUAGACAAAUUUCAUUUGUAGACUAAAUAAAUUAUAACCAAUGUUUAAAAAUUGUAAUGUGUAUGUUUAGAUUGUAAUUGUUAUGGGAUCAGGCAGUGAUAAAAAUUUUGGUGAAAAAAUUGCACAUUAUAUAAGUAAUAUAGGCAUAAAAACUGAAAUCAGAAUUGCAUCUGCCCAUAAGAGUACUGAAUAUGUUUUGAAAAUGAUUGACAGUUAUGAAGGUAGUGUAUUAUUCAUUAUUAUUGUAUGGCUUUUUUUUUAAAAAAAAAAUAUGUAUUUCAGGUUUAAAUAUUCCAGUUGUCAUAGUGGCUGUGGCUGGCCGUAGUAAUGGCUUAGGUCCAGUAAUUGCUGGCUAUACUAAUUUGCCAGUAAUAAACUGCCCACCUUUAAAUGCCAGUAAUGUUAAUCAAGAUAUCUGGUCAUCAUUAAAUGUUCCUUCUGGUAAUAAAAAUAAUUUUAACAAUUUAUAUUUCAACUCUGAAGUAUUUUUAUUAAAUAUAUAAUAUAUUUGUUUUCCUUUUUUAGGUUUAGGUUGUGUAACUGUACGGGAAGAAGAAGGAGCAGCUUUAGCAGCGUCUCGUAUUAUUGGAUUAACCGAUCCAAUAAUUUGGUGUAAGCUUAAAGCUCAACAGUUAGAGAAGUACAUCACUUUAAUUAAUAGCGAUCAAGAAAUUGUUUCCGAAAAAUUAUAAAUUCAAUUUUUAAAAGUGUUGAAUUUUUACUAACUGUAUAAUUAUUAUUUUUUACAUCAUCAUUAUUAUAAAAUUUUCAGAAAUACAACAUACCAAUAAUAUUUUGAAGUGUUCACUUAUUUAUUUUUCGACUACUUGGAAAUCCUUGAUUAUUCUUAUAUUUUUAAGUAAUGGUUUAUGAACUCGUCUAGUAAAACAAUAUUAU